UGACACCAUUUGGUAGUUUACCAGUUGACUAAACAUUGACUUUACCAGUUUACUAAACAUUAUUUCCAAGGUACUGAGGCGUGUAAGAGCGAGAAGCGCGAAAAGUGCACAAGUAUAAUAAGAUCGAUUCAUCAAGGUCCCUGGUCGUCGCAUAUCAGAUACCAAUUCGACUCCAUCUUCUCAUUGUCAAACAUCAACACCGACAACAACAACGAUACCGCCGAAUAAUUCCAUACCAGCAAUGCCACUCUCCAAGCUCAUCGCCAUCGUCGCCGGUGUUGGCCCUGGAACUGGCGCCUCCGUCGCCCGCAAGUUCUCAUCUCACUACCCCGUCGUCCUGCUCGCCCGUAAACCAGAGAACUACGAGGGCCUUGCCAAGGAAAUCAAUAGCGCUGGCGGCAAGGCAAUCGGUAUCAGCACCGACGUCUCGUCCAAGGACAGUCUAGCCAAGGCGGUCGAAGGCAUCAAGCAAGAAUUCGGCCAAGACGUCGCCGCUGCAGCAGCAAUUUUCAACGCCAGUGGGCCCUUUAUGCGGAAGCCGUUUUUGGAGAUUCCAGCCGAGACAUUCUCCUCUAGUCUCGAUGUUUCUGCCAUGGGCGGCAUCUUGUUCUCGCAAUCUUUCCUCCCGCUCCUCCUCAAAGGGGUGGGGAGCUCGGAACACCCGCCUAGUCUCAUCUUCACGGGCGCAACGGCGAGCGUGAAGAGCAAUGCGCAGAUGGCGAGCUUUUCAACCGGCAAGUGGGCGUUAAGAGCGCUAAGCCAGAGUUUGGCAAGGGAGUUUGGUCCUCAGGGCGUGCAUGUUGCGCAUGCGAUUAUCGAUGGGGUUAUUGACAUUCCGAGGACGAGGGAGUGGUUGAAGGAUAUGCCUGCCGAGGCUAAACUGAGUGCCGACGCGAUUGCGAAUGAUUACUGGUGGUUGCAUACACAGCCCAAGACAAACUUUACAUGGGAGAUCGAUCUCAGGCCUGCAAUUGAGAAGUGGUAGGAUUUGAGUCGAUUACGAGACCUUUUUGGAGCGAAUGUGGGCGUGAAUGCUUGGAAGGAUGUCAUUUAAUGAGUGACGGCUAAGAAAGGACGUGUUAUGAGCUGUAACAGAAAAAUUUCCCGUCAUCGGUAAUAAACAAGUCUACUUCGCCGCGCUGACAAGAGCUUCUUCGCCG